GUGUCGUGUAACAGGGUGAUGGGAGUCCAGGACUCUAUACUGCUGGGAUUACGGUAUGUCAUUAAGCAGUCAGGUCAACUUCUGCUGCUGGUUCUACUGCUCUGGAUGCUGCUCUUCCUUGUUGUCUUUACCUACCUUACUGACUCCCAGCUAAACCAGACGAGUUCCCCUUUCAACUCUGAAUCUCAACACUCAAGCUAUGUUCAGCAUAGUGCCCGGACCAUUAUAGCGUCCCAUAAUUCCCGCUGGGAUCAGUAUGGAGAGAAGAGGGGUCCUUUCCAGAGCAGGCAGGUGUUUCAACCUUCUCACGCUAGAGAAGAGUUUCAUUUCAGGAAUUCUGAUGAACGUUCUAAAGAAGUGACUCCUAACAGUGACUACAGUGAUGACUAUUUUUCUAAUGGCUGGUCUGUGGUUCGUGGUCUGUGGAAGGGACAAGUGUCCUCCAAAAUGCUAAGCCGACGACUACGCCAAGCAAUGAGGGAAUAUGUUGACUCUAAUAACCACAAAGUACUCUACAAAGGCCAACAAAAGACAAGCAAGAGUAGACAGGAGAUGCUGUGUCAGAUGAAACAGCAAGCAAAACUCAGGACUCUGGAUAGCUCUGAACAGCCCUUUUCUCACCUAGGUUUUCAACAGCUGGCUCCUCCUAAAUUGCAGCAGAUGUACACAACAUGUGCUGUGGUGACUUCAGCUGGGGCAAUACUUAACUCAUCACUCGGACGUGAAAUUGAUUCCCAUGAUGCAGUACUGCGUUUCAAUGCUGCACCCUGCAAGGACUAUGAAAGAGAUGUGGGCAGCAAGACAACGAUUCGAAUCAUUAACUCUCAGAUUCUAGCAAACCACAUACACAAAUUCAACAGCAGUUUGCUCUUUAAGAACAUUACCUUGGUAGCCUGGGAUCCAGCUCCUUAUAAUAUUGACCUGCAUAAGUGGUACCAGCAACCAGAUUAUGACCUGUUUACGCCAUACAUAAAUCACAGGAAGAAUUUCCCUGAGCAGCCUUUUUAUAUCCUGCAUCCUUCAUUUAUCUGGAAUCUCUGGGAUAUUGUGCAAAGCAACACACAGGAGAACAUUCAACCCAACCCUCCUUCUUCAGGAUUUCUAGGUAUAGUCAUGAUGAUGAACUUUUGUGAAGAGGUCCAUGUGUACGAAUACAUUCCUUCUAUGAGACAAACCAGUCUGUGCCAUUACUAUGAGACAUAUUACGACGCGGCCUGCACAUUAGGGGCAUACCACCCUCUGCUUUAUGAGAAAGUGCUUGUCAAGCAAAUGAGUGCAGCUUCUGAGGAGGAUCUCAAGAAAAAGGGAAAGGUCACACUCCCAGGAUUCAGUAAGAUCAAGUGUCCACUGUGAUUUACAGACUCAAAUGUACAGUUGCAUAAAAAGGUGUACGGGUCUUCAAAACUGUACGAGCCCUUUAAACUUAAACUAACAUAGACUUUUAUCAUCUAAUGGGGCUUUAC